UCAUUUUUGUAUGAUGGAAUGGCAAAGUCAACAGUCAAUUCCCCAGUCAUUCUUAUUAAGUGUACUGAUGAGAGCCUUAUCAUCACUACAAUGUGCAGUUUCUUCAAGCCUAAACUUAGUCUAGAUAACAUGGAUUUGAUCUACUGCAUCUCUUUGUUGGAUUCAUGGAUCCAUAGUAAAAAGGUCAUCGUAUUCAGAUGGACUAGUGAGGAUGAUAAUAAAACCCCUUAUGAUUUCACCGAUUAUUCAAUUCCAGAGAAUUGUGAUGGAAGUAAAUUGAUAAUGAAGACUGGCUUCAUUCUCCUUCACUGUGAUGAUGUUUCCAAAAUUGCAUUGGAAAGAGACAGAGCUAUCAUGGAAAAUAUUGAUCAGACUAAAACAAGGCUUUCUUCAAAGGUAAAGCGUUCCCUUUGUUAUCCAACAAUGGUUCCAAGACCUGCUGGUUAUACCCUUGAUGAUGAAGACGAGAAUUGUGGUGAUGAUGGUGUUAUAACUGAUAUAUCACAGUCACAACCUCAACCUUCAAAGAAAAGAACUUAUGCAGAAUUGGACAAAGAAAACACGGAACUACACAGUAAAAUUCAAAAACAUUUCUACAGAAAUGAAGGAGCAUGUUCUGGAUUUGGGACACAUUUUGAAAAAUUCUACAGCCCUACAGGCCUGUCUGUCGGCCUGCUUGUCUACUCUUAGUUGUGUGAGUAAUGUUUAUGUCUGUUCGUUAGAGCGCGUGAUUAUGCCUAACAUUAUGUGUCGUGUUUUGAAAUACAAAGUCGAA